CAAGAUCUCACUUUUAACCUGCAAACCUUCCUUUUCCUGCCUCCCCUCCCACGGGAAUACAGAAAAAAAAAUUUAAAAAAAGAAAAGAAGAGCAGUUUAGAAUUUGCCCAAGCCAAACACACAGGUCAGGUGGAUUAGAGCAAGCUCAGGUUGGCAAAUCCCAAAGGGGAGCAGAUGUUUUGUUUGGCGUCCCUUCCCGAAAAUCCCACGCCAUGAACAUCCCAUAAUCCAGGGCAGACGGAGGGAGCCGGGCAGGGGACGGACGGUGGGCAAAGGCAAUGCUGUGUCUUUAAUUUUCUUUUCCGAGAGGGAAGCGAAGUCUGCAGAGCCAUGACAGCCUCGCUUGUUCAGCCUUUAAUGCGCGCUGGGUUUUCUCCAGUGGAGGGCACUCGGCGCUCCGCAAACUCCAUCCUCGGCACCCGCCAGCUCCGGAGCAUCAUCGCUCUCUGGAAAGCCUCGGAAUUAGACGAGAGCUGCCUCUCAGCACAGCUACAAAACACUUUAAACCCGACCAGCUGAAUGGAAUAAACCGAGCCUGCGGGGCUGCCGAGCCGGGCUCUGGCACAGCACGGGAGGCCCUGCGGAGGAUGGAUCGCGGUGCCCGGCCAUGGCAAGAGGCAGCAGCGGCACAAUGAGGGAUGCCAGGCACCGCCAGAGCAUCGCUCCUUCCUCCCGCAGAAGUUGGUUCGUCUCCAUCGCCUGCUCCGGCUUUUCUUUCCAAAAAAUCGCCACUUAACGCCGCCGCUCCUCUGAUGACUUCCACAAUGGCUCUCAGAGCUUAGAGUCCCUCCCUACCCCCCCCCCACACUCCCCCCAUCCUUCGUCCUGUCUUCCCCACCCCCAACCCCUUCCCUUCUCCUCUUUUCCCUUCCCCUCGUCCCCCAAAAAAUUCCGGCUGCUCCUCUCCGGGGAACUUUGUGGGGUUCCUGGCGGGCAGGGCUGGAUGGCGGCGGGGCGAGCGGCAGCGACGUGAGGAUGCUGAUGGUUUAAAGAGGGGAGAGAAGGAGGCGAGGGGGAAAAAGCCGAAAAAAUUUUUAAAAAGGGGGAAGAGAGAGGAGAAAACAUCUGGAGGAAGGCGAAGGAGGACGCUAUUGAUGACAAAAGGAUGGGUUUCCACGUGACCAAGCAGCGGGGAGGCUCCAGGGCGCUGCUGGGGCUGCUGCCCCUGGCGCUGCUGGCGGGGCUGGCGGGCGCGCAGCGAGCCUGCCCCAAGAGCUGCCGCUGCGACGGCAAGAUCGUGUACUGCGAGUCGCACGCCUUCCGCGACAUCCCCCACAACAUCUCCAGCGGCUCCCAGGGCCUGUCCCUGCGCUACAACAGCAUCCAGAAGCUCAAAUCCCACCAGUUCGCCGGCCUCAACCAGCUCAUAUGGCUCUACCUCGACCACAACUACAUCAGCUCCGUGGACGAGGACGCCUUCCAGGGGAUCCGCCGGCUGAAGGAGCUGAUCCUGAGCUCCAACAAAAUCACCCACCUGCACAACAAGACCUUCCACCCCGUGCCCAACCUCCGCAACCUGGACCUGUCCUACAACAAGCUGCAGGUGCUGCAGGCGGAGCAGUUCAAGGGGCUCCGCAAGCUGCUGAUCCUGCACCUGAGGUCCAACUCGCUGAAAACGGUGCCCAUCCGCGUUUUCCAGGACUGCCGCAACCUCGACUUCCUGGAUUUGGGCUACAACCGCCUGCGGAGCUUGUCCCGCAACGCCUUCGCCGGCCUGCUGAAGCUGACGGAGCUCCACUUGGAGCACAACCAGUUCUCCAAGAUCAAUUUCGCCCACUUCCCGCGGCUCUUCAACCUGCGCUCCAUCUACCUGCAGUGGAAUAGGAUCCGCUCCAUCAGCCAGGGCUUGACGUGGACCUGGAGUUCCUUGCACAACUUGGAUUUAUCGGGCAACGACAUCGCGGGCGUGGAGCCCGGCACCUUCCAGUGCCUGCCCAACCUGCAGAAGCUGAACCUGGAUUCCAACAAACUCACCAACAUCUCCCAGGAGACCAUCAACACGUGGAUCUCGCUCAUCUCCAUCACCCUGUCCGGGAAUAUGUGGGAAUGUACGCGGAGCAUUUGCCCCCUGUUUAAUUGGCUUAAGAAUUUCAAGGGAAACAAGGAGAGCACCAUGAUCUGCGCGGGCCCCAAGCACAUCCAGGGCGAGAAGGUGAGCGACGCCGUGGAAACCUACAACAUCUGCGCCGAAAUCCAGGUGGUGGCCACUGAGAGGUCCUACCAGGCCCCCAGAACCCCCCAGAGACCCGUGUUCAUCCCCAAACCCACCGUGUCCAAACUGGAGAGCCACCAGCCGACGCCGGUGACGCCGAGCCCUUCCGCGGACAUCCCGACGCCCGCGGUGGAGCCGGAAUAUGAGCACGUGUCCUUCCACAAGAUCAUCGCGGGGAGCGUGGCCCUCUUCCUCUCGGUGGCCAUGAUCCUGCUGGUCAUCUACGUGUCCUGGAAGCGUUACCCCGCCAGCAUGAAGCAGCUGCAGCAGCACACGCUGAUGAAGAGGCGCAGGAAAAAGGCGCGGGAGUCAGAGAGGCAAAUGAACUCCCCUUUGCAGGAAUAUUACGUGGACUACAAGCCAACAAACUCUGAGACCAUGGAUGUAUCCGUUAAUGGAUCUGGGCCCUGCACCUACACCAUCUCUGGCUCCAGGGAAUGCGAGGUCCCUCACCACAUGAAGACCUUACCCUACUACAGCUACGACCAGCCCGUGAUCGGCUACUGCCAGGCCCACAAGCCCCUCCACGUCAACAAGGGCUACGAGACGGUGUCCAGGGAGCCGGCGGAGCCCUCCACGCUGGACCUGGGCCGCGAGCACAGCUUCAUCGCCACCAUCGCGCGCUCCGCCGCCCCCGCCAUCUACAUCGAGAGAAUACCCAACUAACGUUGGCCAACCGCCUCUUGGGGACAGCUCUGGGAGGGACCUUUGGUCCUGCGGGAGACCAGGCAAGGUUGUUCCAACGCCGCCGUUCCAGCGGGGAAACGCUCCCGAGGGCAAGGAGGUGGCGGCGCGGAACUCGCGGCGCGGAGAAACUUCAGGAUUUUUUCCCUUCGCUUUAAACUUUCAAACAAAUUCCUCGGUGUAAAUAUUAAAGAGAGAGAGAGAGAGAGAGAUUGUCGAGUUCUUAUUAAAAAGAACGACAGCGACGGCGGCGACAACAAAUAGAUUUCACUCUAGCUACAUAAAGGGAUGGAUUAAGAGUUUUGUUUGUAUAUUUGAUUUUUCUACAUUGCACGGUUCCAGGGAAGGAGAACCACAGGUAAAAAAUAAAUGGGGUGGGGAGGGCGAGGCUCUGGGGAGGGUCAGCCAUGUUCCCUUAUUAAGUGUUUAUUACAAAGAUCCGUUGACUAUUUUUGUUCUUUUUAAACCAACAAAAUAUAGCUCUAUAUUUUCUUUUUUUCCUUUCAGGGGUUGGGUUAUUUUUUGGGGGGGGUUGUUUUUUAAGUGGUUGAGCAUUAAUAUUUCAACCUUCAGACAUGGGCAUUAAAGCUUAUGUUGAACCAAAAGGACCUUGGCAAUUGAUGCAGCAGAAACAAAGAAACUCGGGUGCAUGUACAUUUAAGACACAGGCUGUACACUAUGGAGGGGGCUUUUGAUUUUUUUUAUCUUCAUUGUGCUUCAUUGUUGACACUCUAAUUCCUUUUUGGGCUCUAAAACAAAAAAAAACGGGGAAAUACUGCAAUGGAAUCACAACUCAGAUUUCCAGGCCAGUGGUGCUUGUUAAACAAAAUUCGUGGACGUUUGGGAACCAAAAUGGAAGCGAAGUGCUUGAAAUGGAUCAGAAGGAGAAUCUUUUAAAGAGCAUUUAGUGCAACUCACUGGCUGACACAAUUUCUAAAACACGGCAGAAUGUGUAACGUUGUUUUUUUGGUUUGGGUUUUGGUUUUGUUUUUUUAUUAAUUAUUAUGAUCAGUUAGUUUUUGUGUAGUUUUUAUCAAUAAAAUGACAACAACAAACAAACAGAAAAAAAAAAAAAGAAGUGGUGGAAAAAAAAAAUAAACAUAUUAUUUUGUGGUUGGGACACCACAGCCACGGUACUGUUUGAAUGA